AUGCUGGGAACAGUUCAUACAACUUCUGUCCUAUCAAUUAGAGAAACAUUAAAUGAAAUUGGUAAACAAAUAAGUGAUAAGAUGUUAUAUUAUUCAAAUCAAUUAAUAUCUGAGACUAAGAUGUCUGAGCAAGAACUAAUUGAUGCCUUUCCUAUUCUAAUUAAGGAAGAACCAAGUUAUGAAGAAUUUACUAUCUCUGAGGAAGGUUCAAAGAAAUUACCUACUAAAGUUCUAGACUCUUUUCAAUUUGUCUUUCUCUUCUUACAUCUUUCAUUCACUUUUCAUCAUCAUAUUUCACAUCCUUCUUAUCUUCCUUUGUGUAUUAACUCAUUUCAAUACCUAACCUCACUUAGAUUUUUACUCCAUUAUUUUAAAUUUUCUAACACUAUUGUUAAUUCUUCACAAUCUUCUGAUAUUUCUAAGACAACUAACCAAAACACUUUAAUGAAAAUUAAUGAUAAAACAUUAUUAUCCUUAUUCCAUUUACAUACGUUAUAUCUUCGUUUAUUAAGUCAAGAAUAUUCGUCAUUUACAGGAGAGAUUUCUUCAUAUUAUUUUAUUGAAAAAUCACUUAACCCUUCUACUCAUUGUGUUUGGAAGUCAUGUGAUAAUCUUAAUUCUUAUUUGAGUGCUGGAUCGAUCACAUCAAACAAAUGUUGGAAAUUAGCAAAUGAUAUUAGUUCUUUAUGUGAUACUAUUGAGACAAUUAAAAUUAUCAAUAAAUGGAUGGAAAAUACGUCAGAAAAUUCUUUAAAUAUUUCAAAAAAAGUUAUGGAAAUUAUUUGCAAUAAUCAUUGGGAAUUAAAGAAGAGAGGCCAAGUUAUGAUUGAAUCUUCUCACUUAUGUGGAAAAAGUCUCUUAGGGUCUCAGUUAUAUCUUUUUGAAGGAUGUCUGCUUGUCUUUUCAAAUCAAAAAAAUGGAGAUAUAAUUUUUAAGGAAUGGUUUCCUUCAAAUAAAAUAGUUUUAUCUGAUAUAAAGAAGUACAUUUUUAUUGGAAAAGAAACAGAGUUAUGUGAAAUGAAAAUUAGUAGUAUAGAAAAUACUUCUUGUUACAUCAAAAUAGUCUCAAAUGAAAAUGAAAUAAAAGAAUGGAAAAAUCAAAUCAACUGUGUAAGAAAAGGAGAUAUUAAUUUUACUUCAAAUACCCAUGGAAGUCUAUUACAAGGAAAGCGUUUAAGAAAGUCUUCAAUUCAAACAAAAAGAGAAACAAUCAAUUUAAGUCCUAUAAAUAGUUAUACUAAUGGAAAAGUAGAAAAUAUCUCUAUAAAUGUAGGACUUAUUUCGCAUUUGCUUGAAAUGAUUCGAAUUGGAUUUACUUGUAAUCCAUUUAAGGGUGAAAAUAAAGAAAAUGAUUGUGUUAAUUGCAUGAAUAGUAUUAUAAAAUUAUUAGACAAAAAGAAAAAAUUAUUUGGAAAAGAAGUAAUCAAUCAUUUUAAAGACCUAAGAGCAAAAAGCCCUGAUAAAGUAAAAGAGGUAAUCAGUCUAGUACUUAGAGAUAAAAGUAUAGCCACUGAUUCAAUAAUUAUUUCCGAGCUUAUUAUUCUUGUUAUUAACGAUUUAAAAUUAUAUCUUAAUGAACAUACAACAAAAAAAGAUUCAAAUGAAAUAAAAGAAGUUUAUGAAUUAUUUAGUUGCUAUUUUGGAGAUAAAUCUAUGGAUCCAGUACUUGAGACACUUGUUGAAAAUUAUGAAACGAUAACCACUGAGUCAUUUAGCCUCAUUGAUAGUUUUAUACUACAUCCACUUCUUUUUCAUAAAAUUGAAAAUGCACAUAUUAUAAGUUCUUUAGGGUCUAUGGCUGUUGUAUUUGAUAGAUUAGGGAAUGUACAGUUUAGAAAACCCGAAGGUGAUAUUAGAACAUCAUUUAAAUUAUCACAACCAGUAUUUCAAGUAUGUUCUAGUAAAGAUAGCUUGAUUGGUGUUUCAACAAAUAAAAUCUUUUUUAUGAAUGUGUCAGGCAUAUUACGAGAAGUCCCAAUGACAUGUCAAAAAGUAUAUUGUGGAUAUAAUAAAAUUUAUAUACUAGCUGAUAAAGAACUUAAAGUUUUUGACUCUAGUUUCUUAUUAUUAAAUUCUGUUCCUCUUGAAAUUGAUGCUGCUAUCAUGGAAAUAAAUUCCUUAGAUACUCUUUGUAUUUAUGGUAAACAAAAUGACAUCAAUAGAAUGAUAUUAAUUAAUUCAUUACUUGAAAUUGUUUCUAAUGAAGAAAUUCCAAGAAAUGACUCAGUAACUGCUGUUUGUUGUGCUGGAGAAUAUUUAUACGUUGGAACGAUUAAUGGUGUGUUAUUAAAAUAUCGUGGUAAUUUAUUAGUUGAUGAAAAAGAAUUAAAAUGUGGUAAAAUUUCAUCAAUUGAGUUUUUCACAAGAACCAUAUUUGUUUUUGCAAAAGACCUACCAUUGAUUGUACUUUAUGAUAAAGGACUAACUAUUUUGAGUAUUGGAGAAAUGUGGGGAUUUAGUGACUGUUAUACAACCAAAACUCAAAACGACAAACGAUUAGCUUAUACACAAUCAUCACCUGAUACCAUUAUUGAGUCAACACGAAAAAGAGUUAGUUCGUCAAAAUCUAUCACAAAUUCUUUAACUAAAAAAGAGCGAAAAUGUGAUUUUUGGAUUAUUUCAAACGAUGGUAAUAUUGGAAAAUUUAGUACAGGUAAUAUCCAUCAUAGAAAAGAUGAUAUGUUAACUGAAACAUAUAAGUUUUAUAAGACUGAACACUUCCACCAUUGGACAAUAAGUAAUACUAAUCAUUAUACAUUAUGCGAUAUUUGUCAUCAAAAAAUUAAAUCAAAUUGUUUCUCUUGUAUUCAUUGUAACUUAAUGAUUCAUACUCACUGUGUAUAUCCUUUACAACUUCAACAAUAUUGUACCAAGUAA